UCUCUAUCUCUAUUCCUUCCAAAUCUGCUUCUGCAAUUAACCAAUAAUAAAUAUGGAUUUUCUCCUUCCUCAAAAUCCUACCGCUAAUUCCCAACCCGACGAUUGGUUCAAUCCACGCUGCAAUCGUCUGAGUUCCUCUCUGUGUACUCUGCACCAUUCGGACGAUCUAGGGGUUUUUGUGAGGCGAUGCUCUGAAUCUCGUCUCCGUAAUGAUGGAGACACAAAAUUCAGAGCAUACGCCUGUCCUUGUAGUCGGUACCGGUAAGUCGGCAACGAAUAGGGCCUCUAGUGGAAGCAAGGUAUGUGCAGGUCUAACAUGUGGUUUCUCAGAUGCAAAGGCGAGUUCCAAAGACGCAAAGGAGCGUUCAACUUCGAUGAAAAAGCUUCUGAUUGCGGUCGUAUUGUGCCUAGUUUUUAUGAGCGUGGAAAUCGUCGGCGGCAUCAAGGCUAAUAGUUUAGCAAUCUUAACCGAUGCAGCUCAUCUUCUGUCGGACGUUGCUGCAUUUGCUAUCUCCCUGUUUUCGCUCUGGGCUUCCGGAUGGGAAGCCACGCCGCGGAGGUCAUAUGGAUUUUUCAGAGUAGAAAUAUUGGGCGCGCUCGUCUCGAUUCAAUUGAUAUGGCUUCUUGCCGGGAUUCUCGUUUAUGAAGCAAUUGUUCGGUUAGUCCAUCACGAGGGAGAAGUCCAAGGCUACCUGAUGUUUGUUGUUUCUACUUUCGGUUUGCUGGUGAACAUCGUCAUGGCGCUCUUGUUGGGUCACGAUCACGGCCAUAAUCACGAUCAUGAUCAUGAUCAUGAUCAUGAUCACGAUCACGGCCACGAUCACGAUGUCGAGCAACCGCACCCGGAGAACGGCGACGAUGAUUCCACCCUGAGCAUAAACCCCUGCAACCCGCUACUCGACGGUACUGCAGUCGGAGUAGAAGCCAAGAACGAAGAACACAAAAAGAAGGCGAUAAAUGUGAACAUCUACGGGGCGUACCUUCACGUGCUCGGCGAUUCGAUACAAAGCAUCGGGGUGAUGAUCGGAGGGGCGAUCAUCUGGUACAAACCCGAAUGGAAGAUCAUCGACCUCAUCUGCACCCUCGUCUUUUCCGUGAUCGUCCUGGCGACGACAACCAAGAUGCUGCGGAACAUCCUUGACGUUCUGAUGGAGAGCACUCCGAGAGAGAUCGACGCGGCGGAGGUCGAGAAGGGUGUUUGUGAGAUGGAGGAGGUUGUGGCUGUCCAUGAGCUGCACAUUUGGGCUAUAACGGUCGGGAAAGUGUUGCUGGCUUGCCAUGUUAUGAUCCGGCCGGACGCCGACGCCGACGAGGUUCUGCACAGAGUCGUCGGCUACCUUCGGAGGGAGUACAACAUCAGCCAUGUUACUAUCCAGAUCGAAAGAGAAUAACAGGUUUCAUUUUAUACUCUUUUAACCCUUUUUCUAGAUUUGAAUUGGUAAUUGCAUGCUUAUUUUGAAGGGGGAUUAUAAUUAUAAUUGAUUCUUGAAUAGUUUUAUGGGCAAUAUUGGUUUUCUAA